UUGAUUUCAGUUGGUUUGCAAUUUAAAUGUCCAGUAGCAAUUCGAUGUUCAUAUGACAAACAACAUUUUCAAAUCAAACAAAAAUAAAUUGUGCCGUUCAUUAAAACGUUGUGGAAAGGAAUCUAAAAUUGUAUCAGUGUGCCGUUGUAUUGCCGGGUAAUUUCAUUUAUAAUGUCAAAAUUUAUUUGAAAAGCAACAGAACCCACGAAUUUUCCUAUUCUCCGUUUAUGCAUAAAUUAUACGGCCAGCAUACCCAGUGUGUAAAGUAAAACUCAAUGAAACUCUGUGAAAAACAACGGAUUUGAAUUUUCUCUGAAAAAGUGAGCCGUGUUGUCAAAAGCUCUCAAUUUCUCUUUCGGGAAAAGACCUGUUGCUAUAUAAGGGAAAUUACGACUGGAUAUUCUUUCACUCAACAUUUUGAACUGUUCGUUGACCGGACUUGGAUAGUUUGAAUUUCGUUCUGGAUAUCGUGUGCUUUCUAAAUAUUGGAUUUUAUCUUGCGUUUUGUAAAAGUGAUAUCAAAAUUUCGCUUCAGUAAAAGCGUCGCGAAGUGUUCGAAAGUGAUUUUUGUUUUAGUUUUUCCACUUAUUAGUAAGUGGAUACCAUAUAUACUCUGCACAACUUGUUCUAUCCAGCUAAAAAAUGAUCUCAAACCGUAUCACCUUUCUGAUGUUUGGCAUCAUAUUUUUUGCUGGAACCGUUUCGGCCAGACAUCCACCCGCCCUAUUUCUAACUCGAUUCGAAACUCCCGAUGACUUUUACAAUGACGAAAUCCAAUUCAAUGAACGGAAGUAUCAGGAAGAACAGCGACCGUCGGCAGAGUCAAAAUGGCCGUGGUCUAAGAUGUUUGACAACGAGUUUGUCAAGGACCAUCAACCAGCUAGAGGGAACGCGAAAAAUGAAGGCGACGAGAGUAAUGUUGUUAAUGAUUUUCCUGAGUAUUCCACGGAACAUCUACCGAUGCCUCAAGGAUUAAUACAGAAUUAUAUAAAAGGAAGGACUGCCAAGAAAAAUUCCAACCAAUACAUGUCGGUAUGCCAUUUCAAAAUCUGUAACAUGGGACGCAAACGAAACACCAGGCAUUUGCAUUUGAAUAAUCCAAUGAAUCCACUGCCGUGGAGAUCUUAAAUCAACCGUUCCAGUUUUGUCACCGAAAUGAAACACACAUUUAAAGUUUCUUGCCAUUUCAGUAUAAAACAUUUUAAUUGAAUGAGAAAUUGAAAUUUGUGUACAUAUCAAGAGAAAUAGAAGCUUACAGACUUAUAAGUGAUUCAAAAUUUAUAGCUUAUUAGCCAGAAAAAAGAACAACAAAAACCAAGAAAAUCCAAAUAAAAAUCUCUGUUAAAAUUCGUUGUAAUUUAUUUUACUAAUUUAUUUAAUUUAUUGUUUUAAAACACCUUUACAACGCUUUUACAAUAGUUAAUUUAAAUUAAACAAGAAAAUAAAGACCAAGAAAGACUUAAUAGAUGUACCUAACGCAAGAAAGAAACAAAGAAAAAAAAUGUUAAAAAAAACUCAAAAAAGAAAAUUUAAUCUUAUUAUUAGGAAUGAAGAGAGUUACACACAAGAGUUACAAAACUAUUAAAUAAUAAAAAAA